AUGGCGUCCAUCCCGUGCACCUUCCAGCUCAGCACGGCGGUGUCGAGGAGGGUGUCGCCGCGGGCGGCGGCGCAGGGGAAAGGCCAAGGCCAGGGAAGAGGAGGAGCGGGGCUGAGAACGCCGCUGCUGGGCGCGGGGCGGCGGGGCCUGGGGUGGCUCCGGCCGUCGCGGCUGAGCCGCGUGGUGCCGGCGAGCGAGAGCGGGCGGGUGGGCCCCACGUGCUGGUUCAAGUUCGGGAACAAGGACGCCGAGGGCGCCGGCAUCUACGGCAGCCAGGCCAGGGACGACUUCGACCGCGACGACGUCGAGCAGUACUUCAACUACAUGGGGAUGCUGGCGGUGGAGGGCACCUACGACAAGAUGGAGGCGCUGCUGAACCAGGACAUCCACCCCGUGGACAUCCUCCUCAUGCUCGCGGCCUCGGAGGGCGACCGCCCCAAGAUCGAGGAGCUGCUCCGCGCCGGCGCCAAGUUCGACGUCAAGGACGUCGACGGCCGGACGGCGCUCGACCGGGCCACCGACGAGACCAGAGAGUUCAUCCUCGGCUUCGCCGCCAAGAAGGCCUGA